AUGAAACAAACCAAAAAUGACAUUAUCAUUGCCCAAGUGUAUGUUGAUGACAUUGUGUCUGGUUCCACCUCUAAAUAUCUUGUCAAAGAAUUUCAAUCUGUCAUGGAAAGUGAAUUUGAAAUGAGCAUGUGUGGUGAACUAACAUUUUUUCUUGGAUUGCAAGUAAAGCAAAUAGACACAGGUUUAUUUCUCUCUCAAUCAAAAUACGCUGAGAACCUGAUCAAGAAAUUCGGUCUUGCUUCCAAGAAGACAGUGACCAACCCCAUGAGUACAACUGCCAAGUUGAGCGAAGAUCAUGAAGGAAAAUCAAUUGAUCCUACCCUCUAUCGAAGUAUGAUCGGGAGUUUGCUCUAUCUCACUGCAAGCAGACCUGACAUCUCUUACAGUGUGGGCGUGUGUGCUCGAUUUCAAGCAAACCCCAAAGAAUCUCACAUGGAUGCUGUCAAAAGAAUAAUCCGCUAUGUGGCAGGUACAGUUAAUUGUGGCAUUUUCUAUACCUUCGAUACUAAUGUAGAAAUUGCAGGCUAUUCUGAUGCUGACUGGGGAGGAAAUUUAAAGGAUCGGAAAAGCACUUCAGGGGGAUGCUUCUUCAUUGGCAACAAUCUAGUUGCCUGGCAUAGCAAGAAACAAAACUGCAUCUCCUUGUCUACUGCAGAAGCUGAGUAUGUUGCAGCUGGCAGUUGCUGCACGCAAAUGCUUUGGAUGAAGCAAAUGCUUCAUGAUUAUGGCUUUUCUCAAGGCAACGUUGUUAUGCACGGCACUUAUAAACUUUAUGUGGUGGCAUGUUUCUUGGUUAUUGACAAAGAGAGUCUUAGUAUUGUAGGAGAACUGGCUAAAUUGCUCAAAUAA